GGCCCGCCUCCUGUUCGUCUCAGAGUUGACCUGAUUGGAUGGUGACAGAGGCUUUUUGUAGCUGAGCUGCGAGUCAAAACACUCCGAAGGCGAAAGUGAGGCAGCGAUGAACCGACCAGGUUUUGGUGGGGCUUCACCAUCCAUUAGCUUCUCCACAAGGAUAACAGAAAAUGGAUGCUCGGCCUCGGAUCUAACCGAGGAGGAAAUAGACAACCUGCGAUUUGAACUUGAAAAGGUGGAGGAGGAAAUUCAAACUUUGCGGCAGGUGCUUUUGGCCAGAGAAAAAUAUGCCGCGGACAUCAAGAGGCAGCUCGGUAUGAGCCCGCUCAGUAACAUCAAACAGAACCUGUCCAGAGGCUGGCAAGACGUCCAGAUCUCAGCCCCAUACCUCAGAGCCUCUGCCACUUUGGAGGACAUCAGUCACUCCAACAUAUAUAUGAGGACACGGGAGGGGCUCUCUCAUGCAGGCCAGGUGACAGCUUCUGCAAUGUCCAACGUGGGCGUGACCAUCACCAGGAGACUGUCACAGAUGAGAGCUCUGCCUCUUCCGAGCCCACCACGCACCCUGAGCCACACCAUGAGUGUGCCGACUAUGAGACAUUCCUCUACGUUUAAGUCUUUUGAGGAAAUGGUUGGAAAUGUAAAGGACAAGGUGAGUGGCAGUCGGACAAUGGAUAAUGGAAACACCUCUGGGUUUGAAAGACGAUCCUCACGCACAUGAGAAAGAACCUUCCCCCAU